AUGAAACCAUUUGCUAGUGCCAUGAUAUCAACUGCUAUUGCUUCUCCUGCUACCAAUUCAGGAGGAGACAGAGCAAAUUUCUUUGGUGGAUAA